GCAUCGCAGCCGCGCAAAACAAAAUGGCGGGUGGUGAGCAUUCGUUUGGAAGAAAGACAUUUCACAAGCCAACCUAUUGCCACCACUGCUCGGACCUGCUGUGGGGACUCAUCGGACAGGGAUACAUCUGCGAAGUCUGCAACUUUAUAGUGCAUGAAAAGUGUGUGACGAACGUGAUAACACCAUGCCUAGGCGUUGCCCCGUAUCUCAUCCGGAAUCCGGUCGCGCACUGCUGGUCCGAGCCGACGCAACACAAACGGAAGUUCUGCUCGGUCUGCCGGAAACGUCUGGACGAAACACCCGCCGUUCACUGUUUAAUUUGUGAGUACUUUGCCCACGUCGAGUGUCAGGACUUUGCGAUCCCCGACUGCAAGGAGAAUGCCACGUACGUGCCGGGCAAGGAACUGGGUCACGUCAAGCACCAGCACCACUGGCGCGAGGGCAAUCUUCCGCAAUCAUCGAAGUGCGCGUACUGCAAGAAGGCAUGCUGGUCCUACGAAUGCCUUACAGGUUACCGCUGCGAGUGGUGCGGCACGACGACGCACGGCGGCUGCCGGACCAACCUGCCGUCGGAGUGCACGUUCGGGACGCUGCAGCCGAUCUACCUGCCGCCGCACGCCGUCUCCAUCCCGCGAACAGAAGUGCCAAUGGAAGCAAUCAUCGGGGUGCAGAACAAGAACAAGGGAACACCGGGCCUGCCGCGGGACUACUCGUGCCCGGAACUGUGGACCAUCGGGCAGGACUUUGACGAGCCGUCACCGCCGGGCAUCGUGACCAACGGAACCAGCGCGACCCCCCCGUCACCAAUGCCGUACAAGCUUCCGGUCUUUACCUUCUUCGACGACGGCGACGAGAGCGAGUCGAGUCAACCGCACUAUCCUAGCGAUACGGACCUGCUGCUGGCGCUGGAGGACACUCCGCCGAGCCCCUUUCGACCGGUCCCCAGCCGGAACCUGAUCCACCCGGCGAUGCGCAAGGUGGCCGCCUCCAAACUGGGUACGCCCAAGGACACCGUGGUCAUGCGAAGCCGCUCCUUCCAGGACCAAACCGACAGCAUCCCGAAGCGACUCCGCAUGUUGCCCUUUCUGCGCGCCAAAGACCGGGCCAAGAAGCGCUCGCCCCUCUGCAGCACCACCGACUCGAACGUGUCCUCCGGAUGUCCGUCGCCACUUCCGCCGCACAAGUCGAGCUGCUCGCCGGUGACGGCUGCGUCCGUAACGACGAUCCAAACGACAGACGAGUUGCUGCCGGCGGCCGUCGCCUCCCUGCGGGACGGUGAACGACGCGUACUCUCGUACGGUGACGUCAGCAGCUUUGUGUUCAUCGACGAGGAUGCUGCACUUGGCGGGGAUGACGAAGACGAGGAGGAGGAGGAGGACGAUGACGAUAGCAGUAGUACGGCCAAAGUGGUCACCGAUGCUAAAUUAAAUGCUCGAAAUGUCGCUUCCGGGUGUGCAGUGACGACAUCGAAAGAAGGACAGCUGGCUGACAAGGAGAACCGGCGGACGGGAGGAGGGCACUUGCUGGGUAGGAUUUAUCGUCGCAUGCGAAAGUGCUCCAUGGGAUGGAGCAAGACGGGAUGUAGAGAGCGGAGAGCUCGCAGCAUCUCGGAGGAACUAGCUAGUGAUAACGCACGCUGCAGCGACGACCUGCAGAAGGCGGAGGGCAGUUCUGGCUCUCACUCGUCGUCGAAGCCCGAUUCUGCGCACAAGAGUGACAAAGAUAAAGAUAAGAAAGAUAAGGAAAAGGAGGAACGCGAUGAAGAAACAAUCAAAGUAUUCGACGGCAACUGUUCAUAUCGAAGAAGAAUAUAUAGAGCCAUCACCGUACCUAGAACAUGCUCGUUAGAACAAUUACUGACCACCGCCUUGAGGGCCUUUCAUAUAGCCAGGGAUUCUAAUCUAUUUUUUCUUACUGAUCUUUACGGUGAUGAAGUAAGACUACAGGAUCCGACGCCGGUUCUGAACCUGCACCGGGUGGAAGCGAAACGACCCGCGAUCUACCUGCGGUUUCGCGACCGCGAGAACGACCACGGCUUCGUGCGCGUCUACCCGGGCAAGCUGCAGGUGGAGAACGCGUACGUGAACGUGCCGGUGCACAACGACACCACGGUCAAGGACCUGCUCGGCGAGUCGCUGAAAAAGUUCGGCCUCGAGGGCCACCAGGUCGAGGACUACCGCUGCUCGGAGAUCCUGCUCGACCGGGGGGUCACGGAGCGGGUGCUGUCUUGGAACGAGCGCCCAUGGGAGAUCAUGAAGCAGCUCGGCAAGGACUCGAUCCGCCAGAUGGAGAUGAUGCGGUUCUACCUGCAGCUCAAGCAGGACCCCCAUGGGCCGAACCUGGCGCUGUUUGUCGGGAACCUGCCGCCGGGGCUGUCGCAGCGGAACUACGAACACAUCCUGACUGAAUUCCUAGGUUUCGAGAACAAGUUUAGCAGUAUCGGGCCGAUCUACUACGAGUACGGGUCGCUGGUGAUAACCUACGAAAACGCAUCCAAAGCUGUUCGUGCAUUCCAAGCCCUGCGGGAAUCCAGGUACGAGGACAAGAAUUUACUGGUGCUGCUAUUGCCGAACAUCGAACCGAGCAUGGUCCCGUCCGGGGUACAGCCGUUGCUGGUGUUCGUCAACGUCAAGUCCGGCGGAUGCCAGGGGGCCGAGCUUAUCAGCAGCUUUCGCAAGCUGUUGAACCCAUAUCAGGUCUUUGAUCUGGAUAACGGUGGACCACUGCCUGGACUGUACGUUUUCAGACACAUUCAGGAUUACAAGAUUUUAGUUUGUGGCGGUGACGGUACGAUCGGAUGGGUGCUGCAGUGUUUGGACAACGUCGGCCAGGAUUCGGAGUGUUCUAGUCCACCGUGUGCGAUUGUUCCGCUGGGAACCGGCAACGAUCUGGCCCGGGUGUUGCGCUGGGGUGCCGGCUACACCGGCGGCGAGGACCCGCUGAACCUGCUGCGGGACGUGAUCGACGCCGAGGAGAUCCGGCUGGACCGCUGGACGGUGGUGUUCCACCCGGAGGACAAGCCGGAGGACGCCGCCCCGAAACCGUCCACCAACUCAGCGGGUAAGAAGAAGAAAAUACAACAAUCACAACAACAGAAUCAGCAUCACCAUCCGGCGACAACGGCGAUCAGCGCAAGUCAACCGCAAGUCGGCAGCGGUGGCACCCAGAGCGAGGACAACUCGCAGAUCUUCGUGAUGAACAACUACUUCGGCAUCGGCAUCGACGCGGACCUGUGCCUGGACUUUCACAACGCACGGGAGGAGAACCCGAACAAGUUCAACAGCCGGCUGCACAACAAGGGCGUCUACGUGAAGAUGGGCCUGCGCAAGAUGGUCGGCCGCAAGAUGAUCAAGGAGCUGCACAAGGAGCUGCGGCUGGAGGUGGACGGCAAGGUCGUCGAUCUGCCCCCCGUCGAGGGCAUCAUCAUACUGAACAUUCUGAGUUGGGGCUCUGGUGCUAAUCCGUGGGGACCUGAGAAGGAGGACCAGUUCAGCAAACCGAACCACUGGGACGGCAUGCUGGAGGUGGUCGGUGUGACCGGGGUCGUUCACCUCGGCCAGAUCCAGUCCGGUCUGCGGUCCGCGAUGCGAAUAGCUCAGGGUGGCCACAUCAAGAUUCAUCUCCACACGGACAUCCCGGUGCAGGUAGACGGCGAGCCGUGGGUUCAGAGUCCCGGCGACGUGGUGGUGCUCAAGUCUGCGCUGAAGGCGACCAUGUUGAAAAAGAUGAAGGGCAAGAUGAAGCGACGUAACACCGAACCGACCAUGCAGGUGAUGGGGCCAUCAGGGAUACAGAUGACGCUGGCCGCUCCCCAGGAGCCGGAAGAGGUCGACUCGAACAAUACUGAUUUCUGAAUUUGGUAUAACGAGCGAUUAAUUUAACGUGCUUCGUCGUUUGUUGACACUACCACUAGCACCAUGGCUAUCAUAACAGCAAGGGCAACCACAGCCGAGGCCGAACCACUACCACUACCGGGAAGGGAAGAGGAAGAGCAAGUGACAGUAGCAGCAGUAGCAACAGCAACAACAGUAGCGGAAGUAGAGGUAGAAUCCGUGCCUAGCCAGGAAACAAGUGGUGGUGACAAGUGCGAAUAGUUGACGACUGUGUACAGUGUACCUUUACGAAUACUAGCAGAAUCCCGUAGCUUCGUGACAACACAACGAUCCCGAUCCCACUGUCCCUUGAACACUCCCAUCGAAUUCGACGUUUUUUGGAGGAAUUUGUGACGAUUAGAAUGAAACUAGAGUGUCGCACCCCUCGGCUGCUUACGAUAGCCGUCAAACUGACAGCACCAGCUUUCUCUUUGACAGCGCCCAUCGGUGCCAAGGGGCGCGACACUGUACUCAUUUCAUCGUCACAUUUGCUUGAAAAAGGGUCGAAUGUUUUUGUCCAUCCCAUUCAAAAACAUUGCCCCGCGGUGCUGUCAAAACACACUAACACAUACAAAAAAUACCAAAGGUUAAACGUACACUUCCCCCAGCCCACCCCCAAAAAUUUGUAAAUGUGGUAGCAGCAGUCUAUUGUGCAUCGUAGGACAUUCUCUCAUCCACACGUUUCAUACAUCAAUAACACACACACACACACACCAGCCACACACAGACCUUGUAAGAAUGAGAAAGCCACAAUCACACAGCCACUCACGUUAAAUGUUAGCGUCGUACCACCAAAACAAUGAAACCCUGACUGUAGUGUUUAGCACGAAUCGUAUGUGAGAGAAAGAAAGAGAGAGAGGAGCAGAAAAAUUUGGUUAGGAAAUGUGUGACAGUCGUGACAGCUAAACAAAGCAACGCCCGAACCUUGAAAAUACCAAUUUGACACUUUUCUAAGUAAUGUGGGCGCCUGCGAUAAUUGUACUGUCGCGCCCCUCGGUCGCUAGCGCGAGCUGUCAAAUUGACAGUUUGCUCGAGUGAGCGAGGGGCGCGACAGUUGUUAAACCUAGGUUGCCGUUUCUCGUAAAAGUAAACUUUAACCGGACAAAAACCAGCCAUCAAACUCUUACCGAAAGUCUUCAGCCAAACACACAAGAAAACAUCUAACAAACAAAAGAAAAAUAAACUCCGUGGGAUCAAUAGAUUUUUGCCAAACAAAGUUCUAUCUAGAGAGUGAAGUCCAAAGAAACCCAGACAGGAACUGGAACGAAAACAAAACGCAACUUUCAUCAUGUCACAAGUCAAACACACAAAGCAAAUCAAGCAAACGCGCAAGGAACGUUAAAUUAAUGGCUCUUAAUUUACACCGAAGCAGAAGGAGGCACAAGAAGAAGAAGAAACUAGGAGGAGAACAAAACAAACAUUAAAGGAAAAUCAUCCACACACACACAGGAAAUAUAUUCAUUAUCACAAACAAAGAAAAAACAAAAAAGUAUUCUAGUCAAAGCAAGAGAAGAAAAAAAACACGAUAUACUUAUUAGGAUGUUUUGCAUUUCUAACGUAAAGGGAAAACAAUGAGCAAAAAUCGUAAGUAGGAGAGAGCAAAUUGAAGAAAAAACAACCAAACCAAACAUAGCAGAUAAACAAAAAAAAAAAAACAAACAUAUUUUUGAACCUUGUUAUGCAUAAUAUUUGUUAUUCAGAGACUGUCUGACUGGCGCGCUAGAGCGCGCACGGUUUGUUAUUAUGAUUUAUCGAUUUUGGGUUUCGUUCCUUCUCAAAACGUACCGAGCUAAAUUAUUGUAAAACUAUCAGAUCGAACAUUCAUACAACAGACACACACACGCAAACUUUUGUCAUAGUGCGAUAAAUCAACACAAACAAAGAAAAAAUAUGAGGGUAAACUGUUUUUUAGAUCACACUGAUUUAUGCAAAAAGAGAAGAAAAAACACACACACACAAAGGAAACAAAAUGUCUAUCAAAAAAGUAAGACAGAAGGGUUUAAAAAAGAGAGAAAUACAAAGAAACAAAUUCUUCUUGAGAGUAAACCAAACAAAAAAAAAAGUAUUUAUACGGAAAGUUGUUGACUAUAUUUACUAUGAAUUUUAUUUCUAUUCUUUUUCUAUACAAAGUGCGUGGAGAUCGCAGCAAAACAAAGAAGAAAAAACAAACCACGUUAUAUUAAACAAAAAGAAAAAUACGCUUCAAAACACGUGGUGUGAAGCCGGAGAGAGUACACGAGAGAAAGAGAGAGAGAGAGCGAAAAGUCAUAGAGAGAGGGCAUAUAUUUUGAACAGAUUUCAAAGUUGAGCGGAAGCGAACCGGAUUUGACAUGAACGAAAAAGGAAAGAAAUGGUUCCGGAAACUGUGGAAAAACGGUUAAUUUAAUGUUUUUUUAGUUUUAUCAAGUGUACGCUUGUAGGAAUAAGCGCGAGAAAGCAGCAGGACACUGCGGAGUGUAGUGGAGGAGAGGGAAGGAGAAGAAGAAACCAAAACAUUACGUACAUUAAGCAAGUGAAACACACAAACAUACACAAACACACAAUUAUAGCCGUAAAUUGUAAUUUGAACAAUUACGUUUUGUAUGGUAUUUUACCAAAACUACAUAAAGAAAACAAAACUAUUAAACGCUAGCAAACAAAAAAAAAAUCUCCCAAACUUUGUCACCGAAACAAGGGAAAAACACUUGCCAAAAAGAAAACCAAAACAAAAACAAUCCCGAACUUGACAUCAUCAUGACAUCAUACGCAUCCACCAACUGUAAACACAAACUCACACAUUCAAAAGUCUAACCAACGAAUGACAGAACCAAUGUCACGAGUUUUCUUCCACCCAAAAAGCAAACAAACAAAAAACAUCAAAAACAUACAGCCAAUAAACCAUACACAAAACAAACAAACACUCGAUCUGUCAAAGUAGGCUGUUCGCGCAAAAUGGCGCCGACAUACCUUACGGCGGCCAUUUUGACGCACCACGCUGCCUCCAGAAUAAUCGGUUCUUGGGAAUAUUUAGUCAACGCACGGAUUCGGAGCUGGGGGGGGAGAUACUUUCCCCGCUGCGAAUGGAAGUUACGGGCACACAAUUGAGACGACGGAUGUUCUCGCAGAACGUUCCGGAAUUGAAUCCGCGGGCACAGAAAAUUACCACCAAUCGAAAAAAAAACUUAAGACGAAGCGGGUGCGUUUUCUAGAAUAUUCUCAGCGUUAUUCUACCCAGCCGUGCACACUUACACGCAAAUCACCCUCCCGAACGGCGGACGCGGCCGCGAACCUUUUGGAAAAAAGGUCAACCGUGGACACUCCAGGAAGUGUCGCAUGGCGCCCAGGGCGACUCGGGAACGAACGCCGUGUGUAGCUUCCGCCUGUGCCGCGGCUCGCACCAGGUCCGCCGUUCCGCCUAGGUUCGUAGAAGUUGAGAUUCUGAGUUCCGAGGACACCAGAUUUAGUUCCGCCACCUCCUUCUCGGAAAGGGCGCCGUGUUGUCUCGCUCCGGCCCGGAAUGGAGAGAUCGCGAACGCGGCGGACCGAUCCAAAACCAAGCAGACGUUUCGUUACUCACGAUCCAGAAACCUGUAGGGGCUCAGUGUUACUAGCUUUGUAAUUCCGGCCGCACGUGGCGAGUUCCGCGCGACGGCCGCAGCUGUCAAGUGGCGCCACCGUCGGCGUGGGGGCCGCUCCCCGGGUGGACGGUGGCACUGGGUGAGGGAUGCAAUUGCCGGAACUCGACCACAUCUACUGCAGACCUAGUACCACAUACACUUUUCUGGAUAGUGACACCGUCGUUUGUAAACACGCAGGUUUUAUAGUCUUAAAACGGUUCUUUGUGGAACACCUUUUUCGUUGUAUUAGUUGUAUAGACGACUCUGUUUCGGUAUCCUAAGUUAGUGUAGGUGCACAUUCGGCUAACCAACCAAACAAACCAAUUCGAUUACGCCUUUCGUUCAUGUUUAACAACCCAAAAUGCAGAACAAAAAUAAUAUGAAAAAGCAGCACACAAAUACACGUACUAUAAUAGUAAUAAUAGUGGUAACUAUUAUUAUGGUGUAAUUAAAAGAAAAAUAAAAAAUGACCAUAAUAUAUUACAGUAUAUCUUUUAAAAGAAUAAAUUUAAAUAAAAAUCUCAAAAUAGAGUUGAUGUAGUGUCGAACGCAUAAAAAUAUAACAGAUAUAAUUAAAAGUUUAAUUAAAACCGUAUUUUUUCGUAUGAAUAAUUAAAGAAAACAAAAGAAAAAAAAAACAUUAGAAACUCUUCUAAACGGUGUCGUGCUAAGAGAUACUAAUACAUACCAAACUUAGAACCACAGACUAAUGGAAACAAAAGAGAGAAAACAAAAACACGACGUACGCGCACACACAUCGAAGAUGUCGCUCCCCUGGGCGGACUCUGUCAAGCGCCUCCUUAGAUAGCAGUCCGCGCAAGGCCAGGGGAGACUGACAGCCGCGCGCUCCUCCUCUUUCGCGAAACCCCGCGCCGUCACCACCUCCAACACUGACAUUUCCACCAAAGCAAGCGUGUAUAUUUCUACCCAAACAAACACACAUAAAACGUCACCACAAACUCUUUCAUUGUCAAAGCGGCGCGAAUGUCGUCAAAAUGGCGGCGGCGACGGCGCCGGGCUUUGCCCAACUGGGGACCAAGGGGCUGUGUUCACUCUGGUGAGUACCAAAUCCAACCGGAUUGGAUGUGGACGCCGGUUCUAGUACUCCCGCGUUAUAAGCUAGUAUAACAAAAAAAAAAACAAACGAAAAGGGCGGAGCCACGUGGCUCCACCCUCGUACAGUCCCACCCCCCAAAAAGGCGGACGCCAGGUAUUCAAACCUUGGUUUUGACGUCUAGAGAAUCAAACCAGACGCAGCGUAACACUAUCUAGAAUCACCUAAUUUCACACA